AAAAAAUUGCAGCAGCAUAAGCAAAUGCAAUUUUUGCAUUGUCUUUUUACUCUUUUUAAAAAAAAUUGCGCAUAUAAAGUUGCAUGAGAAUAAGCAAAAGUUGCUCUGGGCCUUGCUUUGUUCUUUUUAUCUUUUUUUAAUGCACUAUACGCCUCUAUAUUUUCUCUCGAUAUCUUUUUUCAUCUCCAAAUAAACUUGUUCUCGACUCUUGCAGACUUGUUCUUUCUAUUUUUUUAUAUAUUUUUCUAUUACUUUUUUGUUCGUGUUUUUUCUUUCAACAAGCAACGAGAAUAUCUAAUAUUUUGUACACUGUAACCCACUCUCUCUCGAACUCGCGGUUUUCCACACUUUUUCUUUCUCAUUUUUACUUUAAUCAAGACUCGCAAGUCUUAUAGCAACAUGCUUCUAGAAGAUGCAAAGCAGAGGGAGUACUCGCGGGCCGAGGUCGCCAAGCAUGACAGCGCAGCAUCGCUGUGGGUAAUUCGCGGCAACCAGGUGUUCGACUUGACAAUGUUCCACACGGAUCAUCCCGGAGGAUCCGAAAUCCUGAUGCAGUUUGGGGGGCAGGACAUCACCGACGUUAUGCGCGAAAGCGACAUCCACGUGCACGCCAUCGAAGCUUACCGCGUGCUGAAGGACUUUUACAUUGGCGAAGUAACGGCGGAUGACCGGGUGGAGCUGACGCUGCCAGAGAGCGGCAAGGACGAGAUGGACUGCAUUGAGGAGGAGAGCUUUAUUGACAUCAACCAGCCGCUGUUUAUGCAGAUGUGGCGGUCGAACUUUUCGAGGGAGGUUUAUAUCAAGGAGGUGCAUCGUCCGAGGCAUUUGCCGCGGCCGGCGGUUUUUUUUGCCAAUCCUAUCUUGGAAAAGUUUACGCGCACGCCCUGGUGGGUGAUCCCGAUAUAUUGGGGGCCGAUAAUGGCAGCGAUUCUGAAUCUGGGGCGACAAUACGAGUCGGCGCAGGUGCUGUGUGUGGGCGUUGUUUUCGGUGUUCUCUCGUGGACGCUAUUGGAGUACAGCAUCCAUCGCUUCGUGUUCCACUAUGACGAGAAUAUCCCUGAGGGGACGGUGUCGCAGGUUGCGCACUUUCUGCUGCACGGUGUGCACCAUUAUUUGCCGAUGGAUCCGCUGCGACUGGUGAUGCCGCCGGCGCUGUCGACGUUUUUGGGGCUGCAUAUCCUGGCUGUUUUGACUUGCAUUUUUACGCCUGGCAUGCUUCACGCGGUGGCGGGGGGAUUGAUUCUUGGGUACGUGCUGUAUGACGAGUGCCACUAUUGGCUGCACCACGGGGCAUCGUCGAAUAAGUACUUGACCCAGCUCAAGUCGUACCACCUGCGCCAUCAUUAUCGGGACUUUAAGCAUGGAUUUGGCAUUACUAGCGAUUUCUGGGACAAGGUCUUUGGCACGCAGUUUGUGGGGGCCUGAUAUUAUAUAUGUUUUUUUUAAAUAAAUUAAUGAUUUUAACGUCG